AAGAGAUAUCUGGGAGAGAGAGAAAUAUCCAUGCUGAGACAUUUUGAAUGCACACACACACACACACACACACGCAGGGCCAUUGGCAGAGGUAGUGUGCUGAGUGAGCACAUGGCGUCUUUGUGUGAUGGAGACGAGCUGAGGUUUGUUGAUUUAAGGUAAUGGCUUCCAGUUGUCUCAGUCAGGAGAGGGCCGUGUCACUACUACUGGGGAUAGACAGAGGAUUGGCAGGCUGAGUGAAGACAAAAUCCAUAACACACACACACUGACACGCACGCACGCACGCACCUGAACACACAUGGACUGUUUGGUGUCUUGUGUUGGCCUCUGUAACAAGGAGCUUAUGACUGACUGACUGACUGACUGACUGACUGACACAGGUGUGUGUGUGUCUGCAUGCACGAGUCCUUGCUGCAUGGCUGAUUUUUAUCACUCCUUGGCAAAGGUCAACGGUGGAGCUGUGUGUGUGUGUGUUUAUUGCGUCUCUUGCAUAAUGUGUGUGAAGGGUUGUGGAUUAUUAAAGUGUGCUCGCUCUGUAAUGAAGGAUGCAGAGUUCUUUGUAGCUCAUGAUUUAAGGAGAGGGAAUGAAGAAGAAAGAGAAAUAUUGAGGGGGGGUUAAACAUGCCAGGUAUUUGAUUGUGCGUGACUUUUACUACACAGUCUUUGCUCCUAUUUCUGCACCAAGCACGUCUUUAUUUCCCUGACAACGAUUGUUGAUGUUGUAUUGCUUGUAUUCAUUAUUAGCUGUUAGUGAUAUGUGCAUUGAAGCCUAUCCUUCUGUUGCCCUCUGGGUAGGAGCAGCUGCUAAACACCUCAAAUGUGAACCACAAAAAAAAAAAGAAAAGUGCACAAACACAGAUUCACAUAAACACGAGAAUUGGCCCAUGCCCUGUGUUUUUACUGCACUCUGUAAUUGUGCGCGUAACAAAAUGUGCAGGCUCUUUGAAGGUUUCUGCUCUUACGCUGUUUCUCCUUUUUCGUUUUCCUUUCCACUUUUGUUUAUUUGUGCUGUUUCUCAUACAGUAACGUGGCCCUGCCCAGCUUCUCUUUGUUUGUGCAUGUGAAGUUAUGUGUCUGCAUCUGUGAGUGUAUUUGCUCGGGGCUGCUUUUCAAAAGCAGAUACAGGUUGGGUUUUUGCACUUGUGGAAUCUUUUGUGAAUGAAAAAGGUGAGUCUCUUUCACGCCCUCUGUCAAGGGCACUGAGUUUGCUCACAGGUAUGUGUGUUUGGCUUCUGUUGUAUAAUGAUGCAAGACCGGUACCGCCUUGUCUCACUGGUUUUACUCGUUUAAUAUGAUAAUGUCUAUUUACUCCAGGGCUGCACAUACAGUAGAGUAUGAGGAAAUUAAAUCAUGUUCACAUUUUUACUUUCUAUUACGUUUUUAUGGGGGGAAAAAACAGCUAUACACGCAAGUUAAACUCUACGUUUGACUCCAGUCAUCACGUUAGUACACAUCUGUGGAUGUGCAUUACUGACACAUGCAAAACAACAACACACACACACACAUAUAUAUGGCUAUGACAUGUAAGUGACCCCACUGUGACCUCAAUUGAUCCAGCUGAUUGACUUACAGUAAUGCAUUAACCCGAUCAUGUUUCUAAGGAGGUGGAGACUGUGUGGGGAGGUGAGAACUGUAAAUAACUGAUCAGCUAGGAGGGGGAAGUUUUGCUUUGUAGAUUAUUAGGGUUAGAUCUCCUCUUACGUUCUUCCUCUUUCAUUUCUUUCCCAUCUUACUCCCUGUUCUCCCCUCCUCUAUUCUCUUUCUACCCAACCUGCUACCUCUACUAUGCCCUUUCUUCCUCUCUUUCCCUGCUCCUCCUCCUCCUCUUUCUCCUGUGUAUUACAUCGCCUGUCUCUUUAACCCGGUUCCACACUGAACCCUGACCCCCUCUCACUUGUGUAACUUCUAUGAUAACUGCGCUUUUGUGUGUGUGUGUGUGUGCGCAUGUGUGUCCCGCAAUGCCUCUCGCUCCACUUCUUCUCAAUACAUGAGUCACAAGUCACAGCUGAGCCGCACCGGAGUCAGUUCAAUUUGGAGGUGGGAGGUGUCAUGGUGGCCUGCUGAAAGAGACAGACUGCAUUACCCAUGAUCACCAGGGUUGCGGAGACCCCAGGGAGAUGAUUGGCAGCCGAAGCUGAGACAUAACACAACUGUGAAUCAAUAACUUGGUGCUACUCUAAAAGCUAACAGGCUUUGGGGUUCUCGGUGCUAAAGACAGAGGAGUCUGACAGCCCAGAUAUUCUCAGUGUUGGAGUGAGGCCCUCUCUGUGCUGCAGUGGAGGGCUUCACAGACACAGCUAGUCUGGCUGGAUGCAUCACGCAGUAGAGCAGUUUGGCGGGCGUGGCACACGGGAUUCCUUCCCUUUGGACGGACUCAACCGGGGACCAUGGACUCCCGUGGGCGGCCGCGCCUGGCAGCCAUCUGCCAGGUGUUCGCCUGGAAUGAACCAACACCAGCUCCUUUCCCAUCUACCUCCUGGUCCUAUGGGCGGACUGAACCAUCCCAGUAAAUUCUUUAAUAAUGGGCCCAUGCGAGGAGGCGAGAAGCUUGAGCUCUCACAGCCCAUGUUACCAGGUCUGCAGAGGGAGCAGCAGAGACCUCCUCCUCAUCAUCUUCACCAUCCACCUCCCCACAGAGCAUGGGAGCAACUAGGUCAGCUGUAUGAAUCCCACCUCCCUCCUCAAGGAAACCAUGUUGUCCCGCUGCCCAAUGAGCACUCGCUUCGUCUCCAUAAUGGAGGCUACGCAGCUAGCGGCGGCCCUCCCCCAAACCCCCAUCUUCCCCCCAGCAGGCCAAAUCAACUGCUGAAGUUCGGGGGUCCUCAGGAGCAGCAUGGUCCCCGGGGUCCACCACUGCUGGGAGAGGAGAUGUGGGCUCAGGUGCAUCAGCAGAGGGGCUACCCAGGGAAGAUGCUUGGGGGUCAGCUGAAGAGACCAGGCCCUCCAUUGGGAGAGCACUCUGUUAUCCAGCACACUCCUCCUCCAUCCAUGCACCCGUCCUCCCGCCCAACUCCAGAGGACUGUCCCAGCCCCAGCAAGAGGAAAAAGAGUUCAGAUCAGGUAUCCCAUCCCGGGCUGCAGCGUUUCCCUGGCCAGCCUUUGCUAUCUCAGCACCAGUCAUCAGUCCACCACCUCCCUCCAAAAGCUGCCUUCUGGAACCCCCUACACAAGAACAACAGCACUCCUUGGCAGCCACAGACGCCUGACCGCAAGAACCCACAAUCGCAAGAGUUCCAGCUCCGAACAGAAACCAACAAACAAGGAAUGGGUAGCUACGCCCAAAAGUCCUCUCCUGCCUCUUCCACCCCUGCAAACCUCUCCCCUCCAACAAACACCUCCCCGGGAAGCUACAACCAGGGAUGUCCUCCUCAGCUCCAGAAAGACGCAUUCCAACCUCAGGCUGUAAACCAGCAGUCCCCUCACUCCUCCUACUCCAGCCCCAGCUCCAAACUGGGACUAGCUCCACCCUGCCAGGCCAUGGAGCCUCGUGGUCCUCACGGUCCUCACAACCAGAGAAGCCCUCUCAUUGGGGGCCAAGGUGGCAGCCAAGCUACCUCUCGCACGGCAUCUACCCCAACCAGGGGAGACAGAGAUCAACACCUACACGCCCAGUCGUCACCAGCAAACCCUCCUGCAACCAGCAACAGCAGCAGCAGUGUGCCUUACAGCCACUUCCAGCCUCAUCCAGGGCUGGGGCACAAGGGUCCCCAUCCUCCUCCUCCUCCUCCACCUCCUCCUGCCAGCAGCACCUCAGUACCUCAGCAUCUGCAAAGUGGGCCCCAGGAGGCCUGGAGAUACCAGAGCAGGCCCAGCAGUCACUCCCUAGAGUCGGGCAUCUACAGGCCUCCAGGACUGCUACCUCAGCGCCAGCAGAGCCACAAUCAGGUCGUGGAUAGUCGGGUCCCAGGUCCUUCCCAGCAUCACCAUCAUGUCAUCCCUCCUCUGCCCCCAACCAACUCCACCCGAACACCCGUCAUCACCGCCAAUCUGCCCAUAUCCCAGGCGUCUUGCUCCAUCAGCGGUUAUAGCAGCAGCAGCAGGAGCUCUAGUGGUGUAACCAUGGCUGGCGUCUCCACGGUGACCACAUCACCCCCUGCUGGUUGCUCUGUGAACAAUGGCAGUUGGCAGAGAGGAAGAGAGCCCCAAAUCUCCACCCGUGGCGUCCCUAGCGCCACCUCUCAGCUGGACGCUCUGCUGCAGCCAGGAUGUCAGAGAGGCCAAACUGCCAACCAGCUUCACCAGCAGGGGCUGCCCAGAUCACAACAACAUGGACCCACCAAGUCCCGGCCCAUGAAGGAGAAGACGUCGUACUACGCUCAGGCUGAACUGGAGCAAACUCCUGCAUUUUCUUCGUCAUCUUCUUUGUUCUCCUCAGGGCACCAGAGAGCAGGGGACAGUGUGAUUACAAGUAGAGUUUCAAAUCCUCUUCCUAGCUCUCCUGCUACAUACCGCUCAGCUCCACGCUCCGCUGUCAAUGCCGCACCUCAGCCAUCCAAUCCAGCCCUCUCCUCCAGACUGGGUCAUCAGUCACAAUUUGCCUCGCCACAGGCGUACUCUCAGCCCCAGAUUCGUCCACCAGCUCCGACUCCCGUCCCUCAGUCCAUCGAAGAGGCUCUAGACAAGCUCGACGCAGAGCUAGAGGGUCACAUGCAAGCUGAGGAAAAGAGGAAGAGGGACCGAGAGGAGCAAGAGAGAAGAAUCAGAGAAGAGGAGAGGCGGAAGAAAGAAUGGGAGAUGAGACAAAAGCGGGAUGAGGAGAGGAAGAGGAAAGAGCUGGAGAAGAAGGAGGAGGAGAGGAAGAAGAGAGAACUGGAUAGACAGGAGGAGGAGAGGAGGAGGAGAGAAUGGGAGAGGCAGGAGCAGGAGAGGAAGAGGAGGCAAGAAGAGGAGAGGAGGAGGAGAGAAGCAGAGCGCCUGGAGGAGGAGAGGAAAAGGAGAGAAUGGGAGAGGCAGGAGGAGGAGAGGAAAAAGAGAGAAUGGGAGAAGAAGGAGCGGGAAAGGAAGAGGAGAGAGUGGGAGAGGCAAGAGGAGGAGAAGAAGAGGAGAGAAGCAGAGAGGCAGGAGCAGGAGAGGAAGAAGAGAGAACUGGAGAGGCUGGAGGAAGAAAAGAAAAAACAAAGAGAGUUGGAGAGGAAAGAGGAGGAGAAGAAGAGAAUGGAGCGGAAGAGGGAGGAGGAGCUGCGCUGUAAAAAAGGCAAAGAGCAGACUGCUAUUGAAAAUCUGGAGAGACUGCUCUCCUGCAACACUUCCCAAACACCUCCACCUCCUCGCCUCUCUUCUAUUACUGCAGGUCCAUCGCCUCCCAGCUCCCAGGCUUCACCCCCUUACCCCUGGCUGAGCCGUGGUGGCGUACUCCCCUGUCCACCAGGCCAGACCCCCACCACCACUACCCCAGUAGAAAGGCUGCGACCGCCCCCUCUAACACCUCAGACCGAGUAUGCCAGGGAAAAGCAGAGGCAGAGGGAGAUGUGGAGCAACAACGGCGGAACGACAUUCAGUCCCUCAUCAACACACAAUACCUCAGGGAUGAACCAGUCGGUGUACCCGAACAAGCCCCCGGCAAUGCAAGCCGCACCCAACCAAUCCAAAGACGCAGCCAGGGAGAGAGACGGCGGCCAACUCUCCCUCCCUACCUUGGCACUAAGAGAGCCCCCAAAACUGUAUCAGGCUUUUCCCAGAGACAGCCUUCCGCCACCGCCUUUGUCCUCCAGCUCCAUGAGGGGAAUCCUCAACAAGCCGGGGUCAAGGAGCGGUUUGGAAAACGCCAGCAGCUGUGGCGCCGACUCUGCCCAGUUCGAGGAAGAGCCCUCUGAGUUGUCCACGCUGCUCCCUGAUGGUCUGGCUAACAUCAUGGCCAUGCUGGAUGAAUCUAUCAAAAAGGAAGAGGAGAUGUACAACAGUGAAAAGACCGGGUCCACGGGUCUUCUUGACAACUUCGCUCCUAAUGUCCCGCCCAUCAAGAGCUACCUUUGUGCCCCAGACCUCAUUCCAGCAAUGAAGCAUCAGCCCAACCAGGAAGACUUUGGAUCCAAUCCGCACUCGAGCCCUCCCGUGCUCAGUCGCCAAGGCUCUCUGGCGUCCCCUUGCAGCCGAACGUCUUCUCUCAACGAGGAGGACGAGGACUACCUUAAACCUUCUCCAAAUGUCCCUCAGAACCCUAAACGCUCGAUGGAUGUGGGAGUGGGGAACACCAAUUACCGCCACAGUGACCUGGCUAAACUUUACGGCCUCCCCGAGCAGACUAAAAGCGAGGCCGACGAGGAGGACGAUGACGAGGACUCUGAGACGCCGUCUUGUUCUCCGCCACCCCAAAGACCCCACCUCCACCAAACAGGUGUAAACAACAUGUUCAAGUUAGAGACAGUCCUAGAGAACCAGAAGUACGCUUACCGUGGUGGGCCUUUUGGGAGACCCCCUCCAUCAGCUCUGCUGGGGGUCAAAUAUUCCUCUUCUCUGUCACUGGGCCCGGAUAUCUGCCGCCAGCAGCAAGGCAGCUCUCCCACGUCAGAUUCAACCAAUCCACCAUUCAGUCCAGCUGUCCCACCUCUAAAGUCCUCCCCUCUUCCUCUGCUAGAAGACAAGAAACCUAAAAUAGAAGACGCUGAUGUCUGGAGAGAUGAUGGAGAGACAACAGAGGACAGAAUAAUCAAAAAGGAGAGCACUGUAAAACCCAUUAAGGUGAUCAAGGAGGAGCGGCUGUUGACGACCAUCUCUGAGUCUUCUCUAGCAGAGUUGGGCAAAAGCUGCGAGGUCAUGCUCAGUCGACAGUCACUCCCUAACAAGAACUCCCUCGAUAAACCCGUCAAAGUGAAAGACAGACACAAAACUGAGAAAGUAAAGGAACACAGAGAGAAAGACCGGCACAGGGAUAGAGACAGAGACAGAGAUAGAGAGAGGGAGAAAGAUAAGAAGAGGAAGCACGGUCACAGCCACAGCCACAGCCACAGCAGCAGCAGCAGGAAGCACGAAGACAGGAAAGACAAGAAGAAGCACAGAGAAAAGAGAGAGGAGAUGGCCUUCUCCUCUUCUUCAUCAUCAUCAUCUUCUUCCACUCACUCCGGCUCCGGCCACAAGCGGCACAAGGACGGCAAGAGCCGCAAGGAUGGCAAGAGCCACAAGGAGAAGAAGGAUCGCAGAAUUCUCGGUGACCUCAACCUCCAGAGCAAGGAGGGGUCCGACAAGAGCUGGAGUCAUUACGACAAAGAUAAAACGAAACGCAAAGAAGCCUCCGGCGCCGGCUCCGCCAGCGAAGGGGAGCAUGCAGAGUGGACAUCGAGAAGUUCUGGAGAAAGAUCUUCUGAGGACAAAAAGGACUCUGAAUCAGGUUCUUCACUGGGUUCAACGGACUUCUUGAAACUGAAGGCGCUGUCAGACGGGCCCCCCAAAGAGCUGAAGAUUCGCCUGAUCAAAGUGGAGAGCGGGGACAGGGAGACAUUCAUUGCCUCGGAGGUGGAGGAGAAGAGGAUCCCACUGGAGGAAAUCACCAUUAAGAACAGCGCCAGUGAAAUCAUCAGGUCCUGCAAGGGCGCCAGAGUGAAAGGGAAGUACAGAGAAUCGUACUUGCUCCCAGCCUUCUCUGUCAAGCCCAUCAUGACCUCAGACGAACCCAUUCCCAGAGAGAAACUCAACCCUCCUACACCCAGCAUCUAUUUGGAGAGUAAGAGGGAUGCCUUCUCCCCCGUGCUGCUGCAGUUCUGUACAGACCCCAAGAAUCCUGUAACUGUCAUCAGAGGCCUGGCUGGAUCUCUACGACUCAACCUGGGGCUCUUUUCUACUAAGUCACUGGUGGAAGCCAAUGCAGAGCAGGCGGUAGAGGUGAGGACUCAGGUACAGCAGCCUGCUGAUGAGAACUGGGACCCCAGCGGGACGGGCCAGACGUGGCCCUGCGAGAGCAGCCGCUCCCACACCACCAUCGCCAAGUAUGCCCAGUACCAGGCCUCCAGCUUCCAAGAGAGUCUGCAGGAGGAGAAAGGCAGCGAUGAUGAGGAUGAUGAAGAUGAGAAGGAGAAGAAGCCAUCAAGCAGUUCUGAUACUCCAAGCAAGGAGAGCUCUAAAGAAAGUAGCAGUGCUGAGCAGAAACAAGUGGGGAAGAUAAUCAAGUUUGGCACCAACAUUGACCUCUCAGAUCCCAAGAGGUGGAAGUCCCAGCUUCAGGAGUUGCAGAAGCUGCCAGCGUUUAUGCGCGUAGCAUCCAGUGGAAACAUGCUGACCCAUGUCGGACACACCAUCCUGGGCAUGAACACUGUCCAGCUCUACAUGAAGGUUCCUGGGAGCCGAACGCCAGGUCACCAGGAGAACAAUAACUUUUGCUCGGUGAACAUCAACAUCGGCCCUGGAGACUGUGAGUGGUUCUCUGUCCAUGAGAACUACUGGCAGGCCAUCAGUGACUUCUGUGAAAAGCACGGAGUGGACUACCUGACCGGGUCCUGGUGGCCGGUGUUGGAGGACCUCUACAAAGCCAACAUCCCAGUGUACCGCUUCAUCCAGCGACCUGGAGACUUGGUGUGGAUCAACGCUGGAACUGUUCACUGGGUUCAGGCCGUUGGCUGGUGCAACAACAUCGCAUGGAAUGUCGGACCUCUAAAUGCUUACCAGUACCAGCUGGCCCUGGAGAGGUUCGAGUGGAACGAAGUGAAGAAGGUCAAAUCCAUCGUCCCCAUGAUUCACGUAUCCUGGAACGUGGCCCGCACUGUCAAGAUCACCGACCCAGACACCUUCAAGUUGGUCAAACACUGCCUGCUACAGUCCAUGAAGCACAUGCAGAUCCUGCGGGACCAACUGGUGGCUAACGGCAAGAAGCUUUCCUAUCAGAGUCGGGUCAAAGAUGAGCCAGCCUACUACUGCAACGAGUGUGAUUUGGAGGUGUUCAACUUGUUGUUUGUGACAAGUGAGAGCAACAGCAGGAAGACAUAUGUGGUUCACUGUGAGGACUGCGCACGUCAGCGUAGCCCCAACCUGACCAACGUAGUGGUGCUGGAGCAGUACCGCAUAGAGGAGCUCAUGAACACAUAUGACUCCUUCAACCUGGCCCCCUCCUCCUCCCGGUGACAGAGCUCCCCUCCUGCGUCUCCUCAGCCAUAACCAAAACUCCUGCAAGCCAGGACAAAAAGACACAGUUUCACUUUGGUUUUCAACUUAACCUUUCAUUAUUUAAGAUCAUUUUUGCUACUACUACUACUGCUAAUACUUGCCGAACAGCCAGUUGAAUACGUUUACUCAUCAUUACUGUUUACAAAAAGAAAUGCCAAGCCGCCAAUACAAUACCAGUUUACUCUCAGAUGGUGCUUUCAACCAGACACCCUGGCAACACUGAAGUUGAAGAACCAGGGGGCAGUUGGUGCUGCCAUUGAACAAACUGCGGAGGGUAGUUUUUGGUUUCAAUGGCGUGUUUCUGUCAGUACCAGAGAGAACUCCUUUCUGUUGUUGUUGUCUUGAAUACUGAAAAUUUGUACAUGAUGUUUGCAAUUUUUGUGGGGUGCUGUCUUUUUUAAAAAUAAUUUAUUGUUUUGUUUUUUCUAAACUAGAUCAGCCUAGAUAUAUACCACAUUGGCCUUGUAUUUAGAAAAGAGAGAAAAUGAAAAAUACUAAUAAUAGAGAUAUGAACAUUUUUCUAAAGCAUUAAGAAUUUAAAAAAAAUACAAAUGUUUGGAAUGCUUCAAAACAUACGGGUUUUAACGACUUUGGUUGUUUUGGGGGGGAUUUCAUUUUGUCUUUCAGAUUCUUGUAUGUGUUGUAAAUCUUGUGUUUGUAUGAAUUAUACUUUUGUUUCCUCUGGAGAUUAAUAUUAAGUUGUCACUCAUCAUCAGGUCUUUUUGUUAAUUUCUUCCAUCUCUGUAUGGAGUAUCUCUUUAAAAAAGAAAAAAAAUCAUUGCCAUCUGGUGUUUGUGUGUUGUACCUCUGAUUGUUUUGUUCCAAUAUGCAGACUUAGUAUUUCCUGGAUUUUUUUUUUUUUGGCAUUGUACAUUUAAUUUAAAAUGUUUCCUCUAUUUAUUGGAUAUCAAUGUUCUCCCUUUUUUAAUAGGGUUGUACAAGUUUGCGAUUUUUUUUUUUUUUUUUUUUUCUCUUUAUUUUUUAUAGUGACCGAUUGCUCUGUAAGAACUGAAAUGUGGGGGUUGUGUGGGGGAGUGGAGGCUGCUGUUCCUCUGGUGCUUGCCUCUCAUGACUCCUGCCUUUUUCUCCUGAUAUAUAUUAAAUGAUAUCUUUAUCUUGAAUAUAACACCACCUUUCCUGUAGACAAUAGGCACACUGCUCACGUAGAGAAGAUGACUAAUGGAAUGCUGUGUUUGUAUGCUCAUUAAGGAAAAAAAAAACUUUUUUCCAAAGUGUUUUGAGAAAUGGUAAUUUUUUUUAUUAUGUAGGGGGCUUUUAGACGAGAUUUUAAUGAUUUUAUGAUAUUAUCUGUUGAAUAUGAUAACGGGAUAGAUGGUGCUAAAUGUUCUCUUUGAACAACUUUUUUUUUCUGUUUAUCUUCUUAAAAUGAGAAUUCUAUUUUUCCUGUUGCAAUAUUACCUUACCCUUUUCCUUCUCUUUGUGGUCAUUUAUUUAUAACUGCACUGUUUAGAGAAUUCACACAGACAUACUUGCAGACACACACACCAAACUGAGCCAGACAUGUCUUAAACACUUGUGAAUUUGUGUGACAUUACUAUUAAUAAUAAACGCUUUUUGAUAAAUCUA